AUCUAGUGUCCAUUCCAGUACAACAGACGGUGUAGUAGCAACAACAUUCAUUCUUCCCACAACAACAUCCAAACCAGAAACAACAGCAGUGACAUGGGAACCGACAACACAAGUUGCAGGAACAACCACCCUUGUCUCAGAAACAACGAUACCACACGAUGGCACAACACCUGGUAUGGAAGUAACCACAUUGGAUCAAGCCACUACAUCCAGUGACACUGCCACAACACACAGUUUAGAAGCAGUAACACUGACAACCUUCAUAACGACAGCAGAGGCAGAAACAACCAAAGAGAAUUUGGAUACAACUACACAUGAUGGAGGAACAACAACACAAAGGUUGGAUAUAACUACACAUGAAGAAGCUACAACAGUAGCUGUUUCAGAAACAACACCAGAUGUUGUCACAACAUCUAGUGUCCAUGCCAGUACAACAGACGGUGUAGUAGCAACAACAUUCAUUCUUCCCACAACAACAUCCAAACCAGAGACAACAGGAGUGACAUGGGAACCGACAACACAAGUUGCAGGAACAACCACCCUUGUCUCAGAAACAACGAUACCACACGAUGGUACAACCACAGCAGAUUUGGAAAGAACAACAUUGGAUUCAGACACUACAUCCAGUGACACUGCCACAACACACAGUUCAGAAGCAGUAACACUGACAUCCAUCAUAACGACAGCAGAGGCAGAAACAACCAAAGAGAAUUUGGAUACAACUACACAUGAUGGAGGAACAACAACACAAAGGUUGGAUAUAACUACACAUGAAGAAGCUACAACAGUAGCUGUUUCAGAAACAACACCAGAUGUUGUAACAACAUCUAGUGUCCAUGCCAGUACAACAGACGGUGGAGUAGCAACAACAUUCAGUCUUCCCACAACAUUAGAGGUAGAGAAAACAUCACCAACCUGGGAAGCAACAACACAGGAUGCAGGAACAACCACACCUGUCUUAGAAACAACUAUAGCACAUGAUGGUACAACAACACCUGGUGUGGAAGUAACCUCACUGGAUUCAGCCACUACAUCCAGUGACACUGCCACAACAGACAGUUCAGAAGCAGUAACACUGACAUCCAUCAUAACGACAGCAGAGACAGAAACAACCAUAAAUAAUUUGGCUACAACUACACAUGACGGAGGAACAACUACACAAGUGUUUGAUAUAACUACACAUGAAGCAGGUACAACAGAAGUUGUUUCUGAAACAACACCAGAUGUUGUCACAACAUCUAGUGUUCAUGCCAGUACAACUGAUGGUGUAAUAGCAACAACAUUCAUUCUUCCCACAACAACAUCCAAACCAGAAACAACAGCAAUGACAUGGGAACCGACAACACAAGUUGCAGGAACAACCACCCUUGUCUCAGAAACAACUAUAUCACAUGAUGGUACAACAACACCUGGUGUGGAAGUAACCUCACUGGAUUCAGCCACUACAUCCAGUGACACUGCCACAACAGACAGUUCAGAAGCAGUAACACUGACAUCCAUCAUAACGACAGCAGAGACAGAAACAACCAUAAAUAAUUUGGCUACAACUACACAUGACGGAGGAACAACAACACAAAGGUUGGAUAUAACUACACAUGAAGAAGCUACAACAGUAGCUGUUUCAGAAACAACACCGGAUGUUGUCACAACAUCUAGUGUCCAUGCCAGUACAACAGACGGUGUAGUAGCAACAACAUUCAUUCUUCCCACAACAACAUCCAAACCAGAGACAACAGGAGUGACAUGGGAACCGACAACACAAGUUGCAGGAACAACCACCCUUGUCUCAGAAACAACGAUACCACACGAUGGCACAACUACACCUGAUGUGGAAGUAACCACAUUGGAUCAAGCCACUACAUCCAGUGACACUGCCACAACACACAGUUCAGAAGCAGUAACACUGACAACCAUCAUAACGACAGCAGAGGCAGAAACAACCAAAGAGAAUUUGGAUACAACUACACAUGAUGGAGGAACAACAACACAAAGGUUGGAUAUAACUACACAUGAAGAAGCUACAACAGUAGCUGUUUCAGAAACAACACCAGAUGUUGUAACAACAUCUAGUGUCCAUGCCAGAACAACAGACGGUGGAGUAGCAACAACAUUCAGUCUUCUCACAACAUUAGAGGUAGAGAAAACAUCACCAACCUGGGAAGCAACAACACAGGAUGCAGGAACAACCACACCUAUCUUAGAAACAACUAUAGCACAUGAUGGUACAACAACACCUGGUGUGGAAGUAACCUCACUGGAUUCAGCCACUACAUCCAUUGACACUGCCACAACAGACAGUUCAGAAGCAGUAACACUGACAUCCAUCAUAACGACAGCAGAGGCAGAAACAACCAUAAAUAAUUUGGCUACAACUACACAUGACGGAGGAACAACUACACAAGUAUUUGAUAUAACUACACAUGAAGAAGGUACAACAGAAGUUGUUUCUGAAACAACACCAGAUGUUGUCACAACAUCUAGUGUUCAUGCCAGUACAACUGAUGGUGUAAUAGCAACAACAUUCAUUCUUCCCACAACAACAUCCAAACCAGAAACAACAGCAGUGACAUGGGAACCGACAACACAAGUUGCAGGAACAACCACCCUUGUCUCAGAAACAACUACAUCCCAUGAUGGUACAACAACACCUGGUGUGGAAGUAACCUCACUGGAUUCAGCCACUACAUCCAGUGACACUGCCACAACAGACAGUUCAGAAGCAGUAACACUGACAUCCAUCAUAACGACAGCAGAGGCAGAAACAACCAAAGAGAAUUUGGAUACAACUACACAUGAUGGAGGAACAACAACACAAAGGUUGGAUAUAACUACACAUGAAGAAGCUACAACAGUAGCUGUUUCAGAAUCAACACCAGAUGUUGUCACAACAUCUAGUGUCCAUGCCAGUACAACUGAUGGUGUAAUAGCAACAACAUUCAUUCUUCCCACAACAACAUCCAAACCAGAGACAACAGCAGUGACAUGGGAAUCGACAACACAAGUUGCAGGAACAACCACCCUUGUCUCAGAAACAACGAUACCACACGAUGGCACAACCACAGCAGAUUUGGAAAGAACAACAUUGGAUUCAGACACUACAUACAGUGACACUGCCACAACACACAGUUCAGAAGCAGUAACACUGACAACCAUCAUAACGACAGCAGAGGCUGGAACAACCAAAGAGAAUUUGGAUACAACUACACAUAAUGGAGGAACAACAACACAAAGGUUGGAUAUAACUACACAUGAAGAAGCUACAACAGUAGCUGGUUCAGAAACACCACAUGUUGUCACAACAUCUAGUGUCCAUGCCAGUACAACAGACGGUGGAGUAGCAACAACAUUCAGUCUUCCCACAACAUUAGAGGUAGAGAAAACAUCACCAACCUGGGAAGCAACAACACAGGAUGCAGGAACAACCACACCUGUCUUAGAAACAACUAUAGCACAUGAUGGUACAACAACACCUGGUGUGGAAGUAACCUCACUGGAUUCAGCCACUACAUCCAGUGACACUGCCACAACAGACAGUUCAGAAGCAGUAACAUUGACAUCCAUCAUAACGACAACAGAGACAGAAACAACCAUAAAUAAUUUGGCUACAACUACACAUGACGGAGGAACAACUACACAAGUGUUUGAUAUAACUACACAUGAAGCAGGUACAACAGAAGUUGUUUCUGAAACAACACCAGAUGUUGUCACAACAUCUAGUGUUCAUGCCAGUACAACUGAUGGUGUAAUAGCAACAACAUUCAUUCUUCCCACAACAACAUCCAAACCAGAAACAACAGGAGUGACAUGGGAACCGACAACACAAGUUACAGGAACAACCACCCUUGUCUUAGAAACAACGAUACCACACGAUGGCACAACCACAGCGGAUUUGGAAGGAACAACAUUGGAUUCAGAGACUACAUACAGUGACACUGCCACAACACACAGUUCAGAAGCAGUAACACUGACAACCAUCAUAACGACAGCAGAGGCAGAAACAACCAAAGAGAGUUUGGACACAACUACACAUGACACAGGAACAACCACACAAGAUUUUGGCAUAACUACACACGAAGCAGUUACAACAGUAGUUGUUUCUGAAACAACACCAGAUGUCAUCAUGACCUCUAGUGUCCGUGCCAGUACAACAGAUGGUGUAGUAGCAACAAUAUUUACUCUUCCCACAACAUCAGAGGCAGAAACAACAUCAGCGACCUGGGAACCAACAACAAAUUUUGCAGCAACAACCACUGCUGUCUUUGCUACAACUAUACCACACGAUGGCACAACUGCUGCCACAAUAGACAGUUCAGAAGCAGUAACAUUGACACCUUUCCUAUCUACAUCAGAGACAACCACAGAGAACUUGGAUAAAACUACACAUGAUAUAGAAUCAACAACACAAGAGUUUCAUAUAACUACACCUGAUGCAGGCACAACAAUAGCUGGUUAUGAAACAACACCAGAUGUAGUAACACCUAGUGUCCAUUCCAGUACAACAAAUGCUAUAGUAACAACAACAUUCAAUCUUCCCACAAUAUCAUCAGAAUCAGAAACAACAGCAGAGAGCCUUGAACCAACAAAGAGUGCAGUCACAACCGCAGCUGCCUUAGAAACAACUACACCACAUGAUGGCACAACAACAGCUGAUUUGGAAAUAACCACAUUAGAUACAACCACUAGACCCAGUAACUCUGACACAACAGACAGUUCAGAAGCAGUAACAUUGACAACUAUUAGAACUACAUCAGAGUCAAAAAUAACAGCAGAGAAUUUGGAUACAACUACACGUGAUUUAGGAUCAACAAGAGAACAGUCUGAUGUAACUACCGAAGAUACAAGCACACCAGCAGCUGCUUCUGAAACAACACCAGAUGGAGUCAGAACAUCCAGUGUCCAUGCAAGCACAACAGAUGGAUUAGUAACAACAAUAUUCACUCAUCCCACAACAACAUCACAAGCAGAAACAACACAGGGUGCAGGCACAACAACUUUCUUAGAGACAACAACACCAGUUAAAAGCACUACAAGUACUGGCUUGGAUCCAAUAACAGAAGCCGUUGGCUGUGAAACAACCACACUGGCUUCAGUCACUACACCCACUGAAUCUGACACAACAGAUGGUUCAGAAACAACUACUUUGAUGCCUAUUAUAACUACAUUAGAAUCAGAAACAACAAUAGAGGACUCGGAUACAACUACACAUGAUACAGGCAGAACAGCAUCUGUUUUUGAAACAACAUCAGAUGUUUCAAUAGCAGUAACAUUCAUUCCUUCCAUGUCUAUAUCACCUUCAAGCACGCACAUGCCUUUUACGACUACAUCAGGUGCAGAAACAACAAUUAAUAAUUUGGCAUCAACAGUAUUGGAUCAAACAAUGGAAGGCUCAGGUAGAACUACACCUGCUACAGGAAUGCCAACUGUUGACCCUUCAAUUACGACAGUUAUUUCAGAAAUCACCACAGACGUUUUUUUCACUACGUCUUCAAUUAGUUUGGAAACAAUGACAUCAUAUCCAGGGAUAACAACAUAUGCUCCUGUCACUGUGACAGACAUUUCAGAAACUACCACGGAAAGCCCCUUUUCAACUACAUUAGAUGCAAGAACAACAACAGAAUUCUCUGAAAUGACUACUAGGAUCACAGAAGAGAUUUCAGAAUCAACUACACACAAUUUGCCAUCAACUACAUCAGACACUUUCUUAACAACUCAUGACUCUGCCACAACAACAGAGUUGUCAGUAGCAACUACGUUUAGACCUCUCUCAACUACAGUUGCAGACACGACAGAGGGCUUAUACACAACGAUACUGGGUGCAGGCAUAUCAACCAGUGCCUCUGCCACGACCACAGCUGAUUUAGAGGGAACUACAUUUAGUCCCCUCACAACUAUAUCAAAUGCAGAAAUAACAUUUGAGAUCUUGGAAACAACACCAUCAGUUACAGGCAUGACAUCCAGUGACUCUUUUACAACAACGGAUCAUUUAGAAGUAAUAAUUACAUCGGAGGCCCCUCUUAUUUCAACAACUAAUACUGUGUUGUCUAGUACUACAACACAAACUACUGCAAGCACAAAAUCUCCUCUAGAGUGUGAAAAUGGAGGAACUCCAAAUCCAACCCACAAUAACUGCCUCUGUCCCCCUGGUUUCACUGGAAGAAUAUGUAACACUGUUGAAGCUGAAAUCAAACCACCAGAUAUGAUUGAAAGGUCAGCCAUUGCUGAAGUAGAAGUGAAUAAAGAGUACCUCCCUGAAUACGAUGACCCAUUCUCAGUUGAAUACCAAGAUUUUGUAACAAUCUUCAAAAACCAGAUGACACCUAUCUACAAAGCAUACAUCAGGAAUUUUGUCAAUAUCAUGAACAUAGUACUCAGUAAAGGAGGGAAUAUCAGCCAGAGAAGACACCGUAGGUGGACUGAGAGGACAAUCAUACAAUCAGGGGUAAAUGUUAAACAUGACAUUGUUGUGGAAAUUCAAAAUGAUGAUGUUGCUGAACACUAUGAUGAGGUCCUCGUGCAGGCGGAAGAAGCUCUUUCAGCAGUCCGGAACUGUUCAUUUAGCAGCGACUGCCAAUUAAACCUCACCAUUACUAAUGUGGAUGUCACACCAACUGAACUGAAUGGAACAGAAUUCUGUGAAACAAUUACAGCAUGGCUUCCUGAAGAAUACCAGCAGUAUUAUUCUAACGUCACAGUCUCAGGCAAGUUGACAUGUGUGACCCAGUGCCACCAAAAUCAUCCUAAUCCAAAAAUAUGUGAAAACAGAGGCACAUGUGAGGUUUCAAGGAAUGGACCAUCCUGCUAUUGCCUUCACACAGAUGUGAACUGGUAUCUGGGAGAAGACUGCAAAUUCCAAGUGAACAAAGCAGGCGUUUAUGCUGGAAUUGGGGUUGUUUCAGUGGUUUUGGUAACAGCUAUAGCAGUGCUCUCAGUCUAUGUCUUCAUCAAUAAAAGGAGAACGAGAAGGGAUAGGGACCAUAAAAGUGAUCUAGUGAAUCAAUGGCUAGAAGAUGAUGUUGAGUGGCCCUCACCGAGUAGAUCGAGCUCAUCUCAUUCAGCUGCUAGCAUAGCAUAUGAUAAUGCAGCGUAUGCAGAUGAAAACUACAGGCAGCAGAGUAACUCAACACAGAGAUCACUCUCUUCCACACAACCUUCUUUCUCACCAGAGCAACAAAUUCCAUCUGGGUAUCUUCACAACAACCACCCUAUGAGAAUCAACAGACCUCAAAUCCAUGGAUUGCUUGAUGUUUAGAAUUCUCUGCAAGUUAAACCACAGGGCCAAAUUCACUGAAAAUAACUUACUAUAACUAUACAAACACUGUGUACAGCAUGUAUUUAUUCAAGCAUUAAAAAACAACAACAAAGGGCACUAGGCAUGAUGUAAUUUUGUUAGGAUACAAAUGCGGAUAUACAAUUACAGAUUUAGUGCCUGAACUACAAACAUGUUUUAGAAUUGAGUAUUUAUA